AUGUCGGAUAUCCACUGUAUGCCGCUGGUGGCGGCGGAAUCGGCCGGGAAACUGCAGGGAACGCCAUCGGUAUUGGGCUGGGGCAAGACCGCAGCCACCGAAAGGCUGAUCGCCUUCGCGAAAUUCAGAUUCGCGAUUCUUAUCGCAACGCAAAAUGGACCCACGAUAUACGAUGUUCACAGAAAGAUUCAUGGGCUGUUAAAUUUGGAUAUUUUGUAUGCUUCAACUCAGAGGCAGGAUUGGACCGAGUCGUGUACCGUCUGGGCGUUGCGAUCAAUCAACCAUAUCAAAGCUCCUGUUGAAAACUACAAAUUAUUCCUAGCCACAGCAGGAUUUAUUGAAGAAGAGCUCCCUCUGAACGCCGAAUACACCGAUACUCUCCGCACUUUAUUCAACACUGUGUGUCAGCCUGUUCACUUCCGCACCGAACCUAGUGAAGCUGUACAGCGCAUCAAUCAGUUUGUGGAGAAUCACACAUCCGGAACAAUUCGCGAUACACUAACUUCGUCAGACAUAAACGCAGAUACCGCAUUCAUACUGAUCAGUUCCGUGUACUUCGAAGCGGAAUGGGAUUGUCGAUUUUUCGAGGAGCACACGGUAAAGAAACCCUUCAACCUGGCCGACGGCAGCCAGGUGAUGGUGGACACCAUGCAUGCGAUGACGCGGUGCCGGUAUUACGAAAGUAAGGAACUGGGAGGAGCACGGUUCCUGCAGUUGUGGUACGGCGAAGAACUGUCCAGCGCGUGUUUCAUUCUCCCGGGAAAGAAUGCCCGCUCGGCCACGUGGACACCCGGUUCAGCGAUGUCGGAUCUGCAGAGAGCCUUGACACCCGCGCUGCUGAAUAAGGCGCUGGAUUCUCUCCAGCCGAUCUCGUACGGAACCAUCCAGUUGCCGAAAUUUCGCAUAGAACACAGCAUCGACAUGGAAAGCACGCUGCAGAAGCUGGGCAUGCGGUCAGCUUUCUCGCGGAGUGCGGAUUUCUCUGGUAUAUCUUCGCGUUCCCUCCGCAUUGACAAGAUUAAACAAAAGGUUUACAUCGAUGUCAAUGAGAGAGGAACGGUCGCGUCUGCGACAACAUUGGUAAGACUCAAAAACUGCAGCCUACCACCCCAGACUAGAGUGGAAUUUGCAGCCGACCGACCCUUUAUGUUCCUGCUGCGGCACGAAAAAACUGGCACCGUCUUGUUUAUCGGGCACGUUAUGGACCCAUCAGCGGAAAGUUAAAAAAUGCGAAUCUCCAUUUUAUUAAACGUCGCCCUCAUUAUUUGAUAUUCCAACAUGUUUCACCAUUCAUUCGUUGCUUAGGGGCACUACUUGUUAAAUGAAAUUUUGCAAUUCUAAAUCUGUGCUAAGGGAGCCCAGAAAUUUCAAUCAUUUCAUACAAUACCGGACUGCAUGGAUCACGCUGCUGGGUUGACUAUACUAUGUAAAUUAAUGGUGUAUCCCGCAGGUCGGCCAAGUUUACCUUUGCCUUUUCUUUGCCUUUGCCUUUUCACUUUGCCUUUCUCAACAUUACCUUUACCUUUGCCUUUGCCGCCGCGAACACCUUACCGUCCUACUUAGCCUUACAAAAAUGCCGUUCAAAAUAACCUUUACCGUUGCCUUUAACCGUUGCAUAACAGAAAGCCGCCAAAUACUUUACCGUUUUCCGGAUUUUUAGCGCUGUUGUAUCUUUACCGUGAAUGUUUACGAAAAUAUUGUUUCAGUAAUACAUGAGGCACCAAAAGAAAACACGGCAACCAUUUUAUAUUGUAUGUGUUAUCAAUUUCUCAUAGCAUUAUAAUAGAAUUAACAAGACGAAUACUAGCUGGCACACAGUCCUGGUUCGAUGGAAAUAACUGUUCGCAACUUGGUAGUCAUACAGAACUGUGACCUGUAGUUCCAUGCUAAAACUACCACAAAUUUUUGUUUUACAGUAUUCAAGUCUGAAACUAAACUAUUUAAUAAGCUGUAUCAAUGCUAAUAAAGUCCAGAAACAAUAAAGUGUUUGACGGCAGUCUGCUAUGCAACGGUUAAGGCCAACGGUAAAGGUUAUUUCAAACGGCUUUUUGGGACGGCUGAUUAGGACGGUAAGGUGUUCGCGGCGGCAAAGGCAAAGGUAAAGGCAAUGUUGAAAAAGGCAAAGGCAAAGAAAAGGCAAAGGUAAACUUGGCCGACCCUAUCCCGCUGGCCUGAAGUCAUUACAUUGUAUGCGAUUUUUCCUCUUACUGUUCCCUAUUAUCCAAAAUAAUGUCACUUACGCUUGUAACUUUCGGAAUAUAACAUUCACUUAACUACAUAACCAUAGUCCAUUAAA